CGGAAGAGCCGGCGACGCGCGCGACCAUCGCACUCCCAGUCUCGUGCCACCGGCUUCAUCCCGAGCACGCGCCGCGCACGUGACGCCCUCGACUCACGCGACGCGCACGAGCCCAGCACGCGGGCCAAGCAGCAGCAGCAGGCAGCAGCAGCAGGCAGCAGCAGCAGCAUUAGCACCAGCGAGAAUGAUGUCUCCAUUUCCUGGCGACGGACCCACCCGUCCGGAGAGCAGCAGCAGCAGCACUAGCAGCGGCAUCGCCAUCCCAUCGCCGAUGGAAGAAGACACUCCGGCACCGUCUCCUCGCUUUCCAUGCAGCUCCUCCCCAUCAUCAUCGCCGCCGACAUUAUCGUCAUCCGCAUCACCGUCGUCGUCGCCGUCAUCAUCAUCCUGCGAAGAAGAGAAACCUCAGAUGCCCGAGCAGCAGCAGCAGCAGCGACGGCGGAAGGCGAGAUCCAGAGGCUCCGGCCGCGCCGGCGGCGAACCGCUGGUGCGCGUUAAACAGAACAGGCGGAUGAAAGCGAACGACCGCGAGCGCAACCGCAUGCACAACCUGAACGACGCGCUCGACGCCCUGCGCGGGGUGCUACCCACCCUGCCGGACGACGCUCGACUCACCAAGAUCGAGACGCUGCGCUUCGCCUACAACUACAUCUGGGUGCUCACCGAGACGCUGCAGAUCGCCGACCAGAGCAUGCUGAGCGGCGCCGGCGUGUGCCGCCCGACGCAGCAGCAGAUCAUGCGAGCUGCCUGGGCUGCCAGCGGCGGCGGGGACAGCUUGUCUCCCGCAUCCUCGUCCUCCUCCUCCUCCUCGUCGUCGUCGUUGUCAUCCAUCGCUUCCUCGGGCUCCCCCGCCUCGAGACCCUGCAGCUCCCCAGACUCUGACUUCGAGUCGCUGUGCAGUCCGAUGCCGGCCGACGUCAAGUGCGAGAAUCUGCUGCUGAGGUCGUCCUUCCCCAACGGGACGGAGUUCCUGCACAACGCUUCGUUUGUCGAUUUCAUCUGACCGCGCUGACUUGUUUGCGUCGCGUCGUUUAGUUCCAAUUCGUUUGUUGCCGUUGUUGGGUAAAGGUGAUCCCCCAAGUGGUUUGUGAGCAUCCAUGAUAGAGGUUUUUUUGUUGGCUGGGUUAGAUCGCGUAAAUAUAUAAAUGUGUCGUUAAACCCGCCACCACCCGACACAGCCAACUAGUAAGGGUUGUCACGUAAACAGAACGUGGCCAAUUCGUUAACAGUACAGCACUAACCGGUGUGUUGGAGAGCAAAGCCACAACAUUUACAAUCUGAGUACGACGUUUCGCCAGUAAAUACAACUAGCUUGUGUUUUUAUAAAAUUACGCGAUCUAACCACCCCCCAAAAAAACCGUGUAUUGUGAAUGAUAUUGGUCGCGAAAGCCUGCGACAUGUUAAACUAGGUGAGCAUCGUUCGAACGGUGCCUUUAACGUCCGCGCACCUGUGGGUUUGAUGAAUCGAUGACCGACCCUGCCAAAAGUGGCGGUGGCAUCGACGGCUUAGUGGAUGGCACUUGGAUUGCUGUGGUGGCCACUCUUGGGGCGACAAGAUGUGAGCAUGUGCCCUCAAUUGUGAAGCCUUAGACGGCAUGGCAUUCCACAUCACAGCAUUAGACGACUUACCCCGUGAUGUUAAUAUUUUGAUUGUAAUUGUUAUUUUUAUAAAACACAAUAUAUAAAUAUAUAUUUUUAUUUUAUUGUAUUUUUAGAACGUGGUCUUCGGCUGGCAAGCAGCGAACAACUCGCCUUAAUAAUAAUAAUUUAUCAAAUGCGUGACUUAACUUAUGUAAAAUCAUCUCAGGUUAUUAUUUUUUUGAAAAUGCGUACCUUUGCAACGAAAUAUGUUUCCAUUGUCAAAGAAACUUGUCGGCAU